UCUUCUUUACUGCAGGGAGGAGCGUGAAAUAGCAUCUAUCUCUAGUGCGUUCAAAUUCAACUACACACAGCACUUUGCUCACUUUAACCAGGUUAUUUAUGGCUAAAAACGUUUAUAAUUUUAGCCGAUUAACGAUGCACCUCAGAGGAGAUAAGCAAGGAGACACUGAUAGCUGCUGAUGGAGGAAUAAACCAUCAGUCUCUGUGAUUACAGCAUCCGGAACCAUCAGGUUUAUGCGCCAAGAAGAUGGUCAAUAAAGCUAACGCAGAGAGGCUGUGAGUCACCUUUGAGACAGCUUUCUCUGGUCAUGUUGUUGGCCAGUGGUGAGAGCAGAACGUGAGGAAGACAGAGAGAGAGCGAGAGAGAACGAGGGCUGCUUUUGUCAUCAUGUCACACCACCAUUCGCGAGGUCACCAGGGUCGUGCUGCCAGUAUGGAGGAGAGGAUCGCCACGCCUAUCCAUAAGAGCUCCACCCCUACACACAAGAGCGCCUCCUCUUCCUCCUCCUCACAGAGAGACAGCAGACAGGAGGCAGACAGUUGGGAGAUCAUCGAGGGGUUGAAGAUUGGUCAGACGAAUGUUCAAAGACCUGAUAAACACGAGGGUUUUAUGCUAAAGAAGAGGAAAUGGCCAUUAAAAGGCUGGCACAAGAGAUUCUUUGUUCUGGAUAAUGGGAUCUUGAAGUACUCCAAGUCUCCCAUAGAUAUUCAGAAAGGAAAGCUGCAUGGCAGUAUAGACGUCGGCCUGUCUGUCAUGUCCAUAAAGAAAAGAGCCCGACGCAUAGACCUGGAUACAGAGGAGCACAUUUACCAUCUCAAGGUGAAGUCUCCGGAUGUGUUUGAUGCCUGGGUGUGUAAGCUGCGUCACCAUCGUCUGUACAGACAGAAUGAGAUUGUGCGUUCGCCUCGUGAUACCAGCUUGCGCACCUUCCCUCCUCCUGCCAGCAUAGACUCACCCCAGACAAACCCUGCUUCUGCUCAUGAACCGAAGCAGCAGGCAAAGCCCAACUCUCUGCCUUGGCAGCCAUCUGUGCCCUGCACCACCAGCCUCCCUCCGUCCUACAGCAAUGGCCAAAGCAAAGUGGCAGCAUGGCUACAGGACUCAGAGGAGAUGGAUAAAUGUUCUGAGGAGCUUGCCCAUUGUCAGUCCAGUUUGAUGGAGCUGAGUCGGUUACUGCAAAGUUUGGAGAUCUUACAGAGAACACAGUCUGCUCCGAGCUUCACAGAUAUGCAGAGUAAUUGUGUAGAUUUAUCAAAGAAAGACAAGCGAGUCAGCAGAAGAUGGAGAACAAAAAGUGUCAGCAAAGAUACAAAAGUGCAACUGCAGGUACCACUGAGCACAAGUAUGUCACCAAUGCGUCUUCAUGCCUCAAACCCAAAUCUGUGCGCAGAGCUGGUUGAGUUCCAAACCCCAGUCACCCGUCUGACUGAUAGCAUUGAAUGUGCCAGUGAUUACAUCAAACUACAAGAGGACUUCUGCAUCAUAGCUCAGAAAGUGCACUCACUGCUGAAGUCUGCCUUUAACACGGUUGCCAUUGAGAAGGAGAAGAUCAAGCAGGUGCUGUCAGAGCAGGAGCUCUCGAGCCAGUCAUCUCAGAUCAUGACCCUAAGACACUCUCUAUCACAGGCACUGUCCCAGAACGCAGAGCUAAAGACUCGGCUGAAUCGUAUCCACUCAGAGUCUGUGCUGUCAGAGCAGGUGGUCAGUGUUAACAUCAUCAGCAGUCCUGAUGAGGCAAGUGAACAUGUUGGGAUACCUCUCACUCAGCAGGCCUCCAAUGAAAGCAGACUCUCCAUGUCUGAAUCUGUCUCUGAGUUCUUUGAUGCUCAGGAAGUGCUGCUUUCAGCCAGCUCAUCUGAGAACGAGGGCUCUGAUGAUGAGUCUUACGUCAGUGAUGUGAGUGAUAACAUUUCAGAGGACAAUGCCAGCGUUACAGAUAACAUUUCCCGACAAAUGCCGAACGGAGAUGUGGCUGGGGGCGUGUUUCAAAACGGGAGGCGUUCAUGUCUGCCUGCUCCGUCUCCCGACACCUCCAAUAUUAAUUUGUGGAAUAUCCUGAGGAACAACAUUGGCAAAGACCUGUCUAAGGUGGCCAUGCCUGUGGAGCUGAAUGAGCCUCUUAAUGCUCUGCAGCACAUGUGUGAGGAGCUGGAGUACACCGAGCUGCUAGACAAAGCAGCUGAGACUGAAGACCCCUACGAACGCAUGGCGCUGGUAGCUGCGUUUGCUGUCUCAGCGUACUCCUCCACAUACUAUCGUGCAGGCAGCAAGCCCUUUAACCCCAUCCUGGGAGAGACAUACGAAUGUAUUCGAGAAGACAAGGGUUUCUGCUUCUUUUCUGAACAGGUGAGCCACCACCCCCCAGUCUCUGCCUGCCACUGUGAGUCUAAAAACUUCACCUUCUGGCAAGAUGUCAGAUGGAAGAAUAAGUUCUGGGGUAAGUCUAUGGAAAUCCUCCCCAUUGGCACUGUCAACGUCAUGCUUCCCAGCCGUGGUGACCAUUAUGAGUGGAAUAAAGUGACCACAUGUGUGCACAACAUUCUGAGUGGUAGAAGGUGGAUCGAGCACUAUGGAGAGAUCACAAUCCGAAACACCAAGAGAGGUGCCUGCAUCUGCAAACUCACCUUCAUCAAGGGUAACUACUGGAGCUCCAAUGUGAAUGAGGUGCAGGGUUUUGUGAUGGACCAGGAGGGGAAGGUGGUCCACAGGCUCUUUGGGAAAUGGCAUGAAGGUCUUUACUGUGGUGUUCCACCCUCCGCCAAGUGUAUCUGGAGACCAGGCUCGAUGCCUACAGACUACGAGCUCUACUACGGCUUUACCAGGUUUGCUAUUGAGCUGAAUGAGCUUUGUCUGGAGAUGAGGGAGCUGCUGCCACCUACAGAUGCUCGUUUCCGACCAGACCAGAGGUAUCUGGAGGAGGGGAAGCUGGAGUUAGCUGCAGCUGAGAAACAGAGGAUUGAGGAGCUUCAGCGGGCGAGGAGGAAGUGGCACGAAGAAAACAACACCAAACAUCAGCCACGCUUUUUUAAAAAAAUAGUAGACUCAAACCAGAGAGAGAGAUGGGUGUCCAAUAACACAUACUGGGAGCUACGUAAGGAUCCUGGCUUCAGUAAGCUGGAAAACCUUCAACUGUGGUAGCAUCUAAAAAGCUUGUAUAAAACAUAUCACCAUUGCUACAGACUUCAGAAGCUUUACCUAUGCACAGUACGGCUUACAUUGAAGCGCAGCGGCACGGGACUUUACUGACGGCAAUCACGCAGCUCCCGAGGGACAGAUAAGGACAGAUUCUGCACACGCUGCCCCGAUUCUACCUAUCCACAGUUUCUCUUACUGUAGUGACAUACAGAGACAGGGUUGUUGUCAUAACAACGGUUUGGGAGUUGUAGAUCUGUCCUGUUGAAGCCCGUCAGGGUUCCCGUCACGCCCUUGCCUUAACAAGCCGCUUCAUAAUAAUCCAAUUUUAUGCUUUUAGUGAAAUCUCUUUUAUUUCUUCAAAUUUAGACCGGCAGUGUGAAUUUUAUCUCUUGGUUACAUAGACAGUAUCUACAGAAUAUCCUGCAUGUUUAGAUGGCAGCUUUCAUUGGCAUAUGCUAUACCGACUUUGUUGACAUAUCAUUUGUAGUUUUGAAAUGUAAUGGUAUUUUUGUAAGCUGUCAGAGCUGAGAACCUCAUUGCCAGCGCAGGGACUAUACAUUUGUCCCAAAAGCAGGGCACAUAUAGACCAGCCAGUUCUUUUCUUUUCAUUUAGCACAAUCUGCUAUCUUUCAGCUAUAUAGCUACUCUAAUGUAGAAUUUCUUAAGUGACACUGGUUUAGGAAAAAUUAGAGCAUUCUGAUCCAACUGAGAAUCUGCAGCCUAAAUGUGUAAAAGACCCCAGAGACAUGCGGGCACUGUGCAGUAAACCUGUCAGCAUCCCUGUUUAUAGCAUCUCUUUCAUUAGACCCAGACAGAAGACAUUUAGCAGGUUGUAUACAUCAAACACUAAUCACAAUAAAGGUCAGAUGCCCAUCACUCCCUAGGCACAUGUUCUCAGCAUAUCCUUUUAAAAAAGCUCAUGUGGUCUAAAGGUUUUAAAUGUUUCACAUUUGAAGGAUUGUACAAAAAAAUAUAUAUAUAUGUGGAAUGUGAAUGUAAAUUGUUCUUCCAUAUUGCUGGGUGUGUGUACCAGGUUCAGGUUGCUCACAGUAACAGCUGUUACUACAUCAGUGCCACCCCUGACAUGAGGAGACUUUAAAACUAAUAAGAAUAUAGAUUUAAGGUUUGACCUUUUGUCUUACUCACUGAAGUCAUAAAGUAGUAAAGAGGUUACUGUAAAUUUGUUCUAACUCUAAAAAUCUCCUCAAACCCUUGUUUAAGAAGUCUGCUUAAGCAGAUGGCUUAUUGCUGAUUUCACGUUGUGGGCAGUGUUUCGAAUCCAUCUCUGCUUCCAACCAAAGACGAGUUUUUAUUUUUGAAUUCCGUGCAAAUUUCCCAGUGUUUAUUUUGUUGUGUGAAUGUUUCUGUUUUGAAAUCCUGUACCCACCAAAGCAUAUUGUAGGUCUUAGCAAUGAUCCAUUGAUUUUUAGCAUUGCUUUAUUGUUUUAUUUAAUAUUUUACAAUGUACAAAUUUCAACACACUGAUCACAAAAUGUAUUUCCUUUAAGAAAUUGUUAUUGUGUUUUUCAUGCCCGGCUCAUCGGGUGUUUGCCUGUGCCCAGUGGCUGCACUGGAUUUACAUGCAGUUCUUUCUGUUAAACAAGAGCCACAGGAGAUAAAGACAGGUGUUCAUUUUAACAAGUUUAUAUAGAUUAUAGGCAGAAAAAAAUCCUCUUUAGAAUAUUUGGUAAUUUCACUGGAUUACCAAAACUGUCACAUAAAUGUAGAGUUACAUAUCUCUAAACAGAAACUCUCACUAACAAUAUCAGUGUAUCAGUCCUACUUGCUGUGCCUUAUUGCAUCUAUAUAAAACUAACACAGUACUGCACUAUAAUUAUAAUGCGUGUUAAGUACUGAACACACACUGUAUACUAUAUACCAAUGCACCUUUUCCCUGAUCCAGCGCUGCUGUCUGUAUCAGCAUUCAACAUUUUAUUUCUGCAUAAUCUAAUUCCUAAACCUGAGAAAAAAACAGGCAUCAGUCCUUUAACAGGCGCUGAGUCAAAGCAAAGGCAAACACCACACAUUCUUAUGUGCAAUAUAUAUGCAAUCAGUGCAUAGUGGUUUUACUGAAUCUGUCAGGCAACCUGAGGGACAUAUUCACUGUAGCAUACAGUGCAGUUCAACGUUAUAAUUUUUUCCUAUUCACAGUCACCAGCAUGAGGGACUGGAUAUUCAACCAGGAGUCUAAUCAUUUUUUAAUAACUAAAACAUCAAUUCUAGUAACAAAUAAUCCCAGGUACAAAUAUUUCAGUUUGAUAUUCUAGUCAAAUGUACAUAAACAUGAAAAAUAAAAUACAGCAACAGCACAGAAAGAGACUGUAUCUCAUUCAUCCUUUAUCAUUGUUUUCUACAUGCAUGUGUACAUGACAUAGCCUGCCAAUGGACGUCGCUGAUGCCUUAUAAAGCUGUUUUAUUUCAGUAGCAGUUAGUUUUACAGAUUUAUUUAUUGAUUUUCAUUAUAUCCAGUCCGGCAGACGACACACUGCUGUAAGUGGCGUGUUCUAGCUGAAUAAAUCCAUUUUACAACGGGUCUCAUCUGACAAAGUGCAAUUGUAUAAAUGCAUAUUUCUCUUUCCAUGAUCACUGUACACCGCUGCUACCUAGUGCUUGUUCCAAUAUACCUAACUGCUGGAAAUCA